AUGAAUGUACGGCACACUUGGUGCGUGUUCCACGAACAGACUAGUGAGUUUCCACCCAAAUAUCCACUACACACUCAAAAGGAAUACGCUCAACUAGUGUCGCCGUUUUUGUACUACGACUCAGUAGCGCACAUGCUCAGCCACGCAACGGGACUUUCAAAGCCAGUGCCAGUUUUUGACUUGUGGAUCGGAUUGCAGAUUACAGGAGAGUUUAAACAAACGUACGCACAGUACUGGUCGGAGAUUGUCACUGACGCUCGCUACGCAAAGUACUUCGCUUUUUUGGUGCAACUCGCCGCUUUUAAUUACCAAAAGACAACAGACGAACGCUCAGUAUUUAUUAGCGUAGAGGACCUCCGCCGCGUACUGCAUGCCGUGCAGGCAUGGAUAAUGUUUGCUGCUCAGUACCCAAAAACCUUGCACGAUAACGAGGAUAUUAGCAACGUAUUCACCGGUAAAAGAUCGCAGGCGUGGGUGUCGCUUACUAAGACGCACUCUCUACUGUGCGACCAGCUGAAGAGGGAAAGCAAAGUGGUCAAAGACCUCGGACCCUUCCAGUGCACCGUGGGAGACAAGAAGCUAUCGAACGAGUACCUUGUGGAACUGUACAGCGACCACCAGCGCGAGUUCAACAAUGCAAUGCGGGAUCCUAGAGAGCUUUUCAAUAAUGUUCUGACCGUGGACUUUCUUGCGCGCCGAUUGCUCAGGGACCGGACCAUCGAUGUUUCCGAGGACCAAGGAACUGUCGAUUCGUCAACUCUUUGUAGAAAACACCGCGGCAGAUGCGCUCCCGUGCAAGAGGCAAGCAGUAUCUGCUCAUGA